UGUUCACAAUUGGGAGUGGUGAGACGGGUAGCUCCCUGAGACGAGCCUCACCUGCCGAGGCGGCUUUCAGUAGUCAACAUGUACUGAAGUUGUCUGGAUGAGAGACAUAAUUCAGUGCCAGCUGCACGGAGCACACAGAGAAGACAGCACAUGAACACAGCUUCAAAGACCUCCAACGGUAACAGACCAUGAGUGAACACUUGAGAGGGAGCUACUAUGAGUCCUCGCCCCCAGAGCUCAGACUUGUUCUUCUGGGAAACAUUGGAUGUGGAAAGACGUCGUCAGCAAACACUAUCCUGGGCGAGCUGUCCCCCGUCUCUCCAGGUGCCUCCAGGAGCUGCCAGCUGCGACAGGGCGUCUCUGAUGGCAGGAGUGUGACCCUGGUGGAGGCGCCGAGGUGGUACUGGAACGGCGGCAAGAUGGAGGACAGCGUCAGGAAGGAGACGAAGCGAGCAAUCCCACUAGUAGCACCAGGCCCACAUGCUAUUUUGCUGCUAGUGCCUGUUAGCCAGUUCACAGAGAUGGAAGGUCGUGUGCCUGCAGAGCUGGAGGAGGUGUUUGGGGAGGAGGCGCUGGAUCACACCCUGGUCCUGCUGACCUGUGGGGACUACUUGAUGGGAAGAAAAGUGGAGGAAUACCUGCAGAAAGAACACCCAGGCCUGAGGCAGAUAAUUGAACACUGUGGGGGGAGGUACCAUGUCAUCAAUAAUCGUCAGCAGCAGGACAGGGAGCAGGUCCGUGAGCUGCUGGAGAAGGUGGACAAAAUGGUGAGUAAAAAUGGGGUGUACUAUAUGAAAACAGCCCAGGAGAGAGAUCUGGAGAAACGAGUGAAAGAAAGAAGGCGAGAACUCAUGGAAAGUUAUAGAGCUCAAAAGGAGGAGAGAAGAGAGACGGUCGCUUCAACGCACAUCACAAACACAGAAACAAAGAGGAGUAUCGAUAGAGGAGAGGAGCGCAGCGCCGCCCUGGAGAGUAGGAGAAGGGAGGAGAGGGAUGUGAUGGAGGGAAGAGUGGGCGUGAGCCAAGUGUCUAACGGGCUUCAUUCAACUCCAGCGCCAGAGCAACAGUCAUAUCCAGAGCAGCGUGAUGACAGAAGCGUGAAGAGGACGCCCAGUUUCAGACUAAAUGCAGAUGGAGCUAUACUCUCACAAAUGUCUGAGGUUAAACCAGCUUCCAAAAUGAUCACCACUUUUCACCACAGAAUCAACAGCUUUGAAGAGAGAUCCCCUGAGGCAUCUCCAACCUCUGCGUCUCAUUCGCCCGUCUUCUCCUCUUCCCCCUCCUCGCCAACCUUCACCUCCUCUCCCUACUCCACCCCGACAUUCCCCCCCUCCUCCUCCUCCUCCUCCUCGUCAUCCUCUCCGGAGCUGCGUGUGGUGCUGCUCGGGAGAUCUGGAGCAGGGAAGAGCACCGUUGGCAACAGCAUACUGGGGCGGGAGGAGUUUGAGUCACGCCCGGAAAGCCUCACAGCAAUCACUCAGGAGUGUGAGAAAAAGAAAGCUCUGGUUGAAGGAAGACGGGUGGCGGUGGUGGAUACUCCAGACUGGUUCAAUUCAGAGCAAAGUCCAGAUGAAGUGCGAGCUCAGAUCUCUUCCUGUGUGGCUCUGUCCAGUCCUGGUCCUCACGCCUUCCUCCUGUGUGUCCCCUUAGACCAGCCUGCAAAGACCGAGCUGCAGGCUCUCGGGGCCCUCGAGUCCGUUUUUGGCCCAGAGGCAGUCCAGAAACACACUAUGGUCCUCUUUACUUACGUAGAUCGACUGAGGGAGAGCGGGAAGGCUGGGCACAAUAGCGUGGAGGCAUAUAUUGCUGGUCAGCGGGGGGAUUUGUUAAAGCUCGUGGAGAAAUGCGGGGACAGGUUUCAUGUAAUGGAGAACGGAAGAGAUUGGAGAGAGAAGAGGAAUGUGGCGGAGCUGCUACAGAAGGUGGAGCAGACAGUGGAGGAGGCUGGAGGCCAGUGUUAUUCUUGUCCAGCUUUUCAGGAGGCGGAGAACAGAGUGAGGCAGAGGCAGGUGGAGAUAGCGAGGGAGAGAAAGGGGAAAAAGUUAGAGGAAGGGAGACAAGAAGACGUUAGACAGCUCAGCUCUGAAAGGCGGGUUCUUUAUCCCUACAUGCAGCCUGUGGCCGAGGCAGAAGAGGAAGUGAGAGAGGACGAGAUUGAGAAAACAAGGGACGAGGCAGAGAUGAGUGUAAAAGCCAUGAAUAUCGAGAGCCUUCCUCCGAUUACGCUUUCCACCAUGUCACCUUCACUUCUCCGUUCCAUUAUGGAGAAAAUGGAGUGUAGUGCAAAGAAUUUACCGAAGCUGUUGGCCGAUAGCUCUGUGUGGGUCUGCGAGGGGGCAAAGAACGUGAAAAAUAGUCCAGUGUGGGGGACAGUCGGCAGCGGAGCACAAAACGUCCAGAAGAUGGUGGUUGAUAGUUCUGUGUGGGGAAAGGUGGGAGCUGGUGCCGGACAUGUGUCCAAACUGGUAGGAGAUAGAGUUCCCAAGGUAGUGGUGGACGGUUCUACGUGGGUGGGAUCUGGGGCAAAGGCAGCAGCGGCAAGUCCCAUGUGGGAAAAAGUUGGUUCAGGGGCCAAAGUGAUGGCAGAGAGUUCCAUGCGUGUUGGAGCUGGGAUUGGAGCCGGGGCGAAGAAUUUGGCGCAGAGUCCUAUGUGGGGAAAAGUAGGAUCUGGGGCCAAAACUGGAGCCAAACUGGUGGCUGACAGCUCUGUGCGAGUUGGAGCUGGACUUGGUGCCGGUGCAAAGAAGGUGGCGCAGAGUCCAGUGUGGGGGAAGGUGGGCUCUGAGGCCAAAGCCAGGGCCAAAAUGGUGGCAGAGAGCUCAGUGUGGGAGAAAAUUGCGACUACUGCUAAACAGGUGCCCAAGGUAGUCAUAGGGGGUGCAUUGCUGGGUCUGGUGCUUGGUGUGUUUUUGGGGGGGGUGAUCGGCGGAGCUGUCGGGGCAGCUGCUGGAUCUGCGGUAUCUGAGGUGGGUAGACGAAAAUUCAGCAACAAGAACACAUUAGAAAACACAGAUGAUGCUGCAAACAGUGUGGCGAGAACAGUGAACGACAGCGUGGACUCACUGGUUAAACAAGGAGAGAAAGUACUGAAAACUGAAUGAAUGUGUAUAAAAUGUUUAGCAAAUGCAAAUGCAUUUGUUUUAAAUUAGUACCAUCAGAAUGUAUAAUAAUAAAAAAAAAUAUUUUUAUUCUGACAGAUCAAUGAGCUUUUAAGACGCUUUUCUAGUAGUUUUUCUUUCUUUUUACAGAAAUAUAAUUCAGGUUAAAGGGUGAAUGUCAAAACACUUCUGUCAAACAAAUGCCUUGAGAUGAUUCUCAUCUUCAAUAUUAUUCUAUUAUUCGCAUACUUUCUGCCAGUUAAUGAAUGAGGAUGUGUGUGACUUUUUAAAAAGGAUGAAUCUCACAAAAUGUAUAUAUGAAAAUACAUUUCCAGAUUUUGACAAAAUGAAUUAAACUUGGCUAAACUGAUUUGUUAAGUAUUUAGGUGCUUGUCUUAUAUACUGUGUGGAAGACGUUUGAAAUUUUGUGAGAAAAACUAAUAUAUAUAAUAAAAAUGCAAAUAUCAUUUUGGCCAAAUCUUUAGCCUAUUAUUCCUUCUUAUUUCCUGUCCAUCUGCUGAAUGUAAACAUUAUUUAACAAGUGUGUGUAUAUAUAUACAUAUAUAUAUGUGUGUGUGUGUGUGUGUGUGUGUGUGUGUGUGUGUGUUUGUGUGUGUGUGUAUAUAUAUGUAGUAUAUCAGUCACUUGGCACUCCUUUUAAUACUGUAAUUUUCUUCAGCACUCAAUUAAAAAAACUAUUCCAUAUGAAAUGAAAUGAUUGUUUUUGUUUUGAUGUUGUCUUAAUGUAACAGAGCAGAAUGUAUGAAAACAUCUUAAGACAUGUUUGAUGCCAUGUGAUGGACAGUUUUAUCAUGACCUUUUAAAUACAUUUUCACUCUUUCACUGU